CUCUGCAUAGAUUUGUCCUUAUUCUCUUUCCCAUUCCAUAAAGAUGACUGUCAAUCAUUUACUUUCCAACCAAAACCCUAACUCGCUCCUCUUUUAAUUGCUGACACUGACUCACUGAGUUCAGAAUUCCAUCUCCUCCAUCAACCAUGAGCCGAUUCAGGAUCACUGACAUCUUCGACCCUUGCUCCCCAUCUCUCUUUGUUAAAGAAACAUCCUUUUUCGCUCCCAAGCCCUUAGUUUUUCCCUCAUUUUUCGAAGAAGAACAUGAACUUGGCUCCGCACUCGACCUACUCAGCCCUUUCCCUUCCUUCAGCCCCUUCGAAAUCUACGACAGCGUCACCGAUCUGGUCCAGAUCGAGCAAACGCCGUCAUUUCGAUCGUACAAGAGGAUACAACGCAGAGUCGAGCCUGAGUUUUCUUUUCAAACCUUGUGCGACCGAGUUAGCGCGCUGGACUCCAAGUUUGACCGUCUCGUUAAGGUGAAGAUCGGCGGAGGAGACAGGAAGUACUCGUGGUCUUCGGAGAUCAAGGGGCCGGUUGAGAGAAAGUACAAAUGGGUAGCGGAGAUUGAGGAUGGGAAGAAAACUGAAGAGAUGAAAGAGAAGAAGUAUAAAUGGACGGCUGAGUUUGAAGGAAAGGGAAUUGAUGGGCCGAUCUCCAGGAAGUACGCGUUCACAGCAUCCACUGGUUGCGAUGCAAGUGAAUCGAGCAAACAGGAGAAGAAGGAAAAAUGCGAGAAGAAGCAUCUGAUAAAGGACAAGAAAAGAGAGAAUGUCCCGCGUUUAGUGGAGAUCGAAGAGCCGUCUGAUCACGGCGCUGUCGUUUUAAGACAGGCUUUUGCCAAAAGAGCUGGUGUUAUAAGAAAUAACAGGGGCAAGAAGAAGGAAUUGUCUCCACAAGAUGCUGCUUCGGUUAUUCAAGUAACAUUCAGAGCUUACCUGAUUCGCAGAUCACAGGCUCUUCGCGCACUUCGGGAAUUAGCAGUUGCCAAGAAUAAGCUGAAAGAGAUCAGAGCAUAUUUUAAUAACUUCUCCUACCGUCGUCGAGUAGCCCAAGAUGCGGAAGAACGCCAAAGGUUCUCUGAGAAGAUCAUUGUGCCGCUCCUUACUGUUGAUGCCAUUGAGGGACCUGAUCUAAUGGUGCGUGCUGCUAAGAAGUCAAUGGUAGAUGAACUGGAAGCCAUGCUUGAUGUGGUGGAUCCUCAUCCCAAGGGGAGAUCACUUUCGAUGAGGAGGACAUUUGACAUGCCAGAUAUUGUCAUCCAGAGGGAAAUUGCUGAGGGCGUGGCAGAGGUGGUUCAAAUGUUUGAAAGUGAAGAGAAUGCUACCACUGAUUGAGACAUGCUUGUAAAAAAGUUGUAAUAUGGAGAAUCACCCAUCUCUAUGGAUGCUUUGCCGCUUAGAUGUGUGGAAGAUGCAGUUUAAUUUAUGAUGUGCGGACUUGCAAUUUCUGUUUUACCUCUCGUCUAUUCUGUAGCACUUGUGUCUGUUCUGUUUGAACUUAUUCAGACUUAUUUGUUCCGUGUUAUGAAGAUGAUGGUACUCGUUUUAAGCUAGAGCUUAGUUCCCGUUUUCU